AUGCAAAUAUUAGCUUUUGCAACAUUCAAUGUUUGCUCGAAAUAUCUUUAUGAAAUAAUAUCUGAUUCAGCGAAGAAGACUAUUGUUGAUGUUUUAACAAAUGAUGCACGGUUCACUAACCUUAUCGAAGCUUUGCAACGUACUAGGCUUAUACCACUUCUUAAUCAUGUAGAAACUGCUACCUUUUUUGCCCCUGUAAAUCAAGCAUUCGAGGAUGACCCUUUUGUCACCACAGAUCGUAUGCUCUACCAUAUUUUGUGGGAAGAGAUUAAGGGUGAAGAGUUUGUUCAUGGUCAACUCUUAACAACACGCUAUGAAAUAGCUGAGAAGCUUGGUGAGGGUAAGAUUGGUCAGAAAUCCAAAAUUGAGAAAGUUAUCGGAAAGCUGGGACAUGAAAUAAUGUAUGUUGGGAAUGGGAAGAUUACCGAGACUGAUCUUCAAGCUGACAAUGGUAUUAUUCAUGUAAUUGAUAGAGUUUUGAUAACUCCCAUGGAUGCAUUAACAACGUUAGAUUCAUUUGACCAACUGCAGCUUUUUACUUCCUAUCUUCGCAUUAUGGAUCUUGAUAAUUAUAUCAAAAUUGGAAACCAUAUUACUGUAUUUGCUCCUACAGACGAUUCCAUUAAUAAAAACCUUAAGCAUUAUGAGAGAGAAUACCUCACCGGUAAUUGUGGUGGCGGUUUCCGGGAUCUGGAUCGUCUUACUAAACAUCAUUUACAUUAUGAUAAUGUCUUGUAUACGACAAGCUUUAAUAGCGAAAAAUCAGAUGUGGAAACCGCUCAAGGUGAACCCCUUGAAGUUGUACGUGAUGAGAAUGAUGUUAUUCAUGUUGCAAAUGGCUUGAUUACUUAUAAAGAUUUGUUAGCGCAUAAUGCCACCAAGUUUGUUUCUGCAUUGAUCAAAUUUCGUUUACAUCAUUAUAUUGAAGAUUUAGAGACUCCUUAUACAAUUCUUGCCCCGCUAGAUGAUUACUAUGACGCCAGUAUUUUUGCGGAGAUGGGAUCCGAUACUUUGAAAUACCAUAUUCUGCACGGCAAAUAUGCACCUAAAGACUUGAAAGAUAAAAUGCUUGUCAAAACAGAGUUAAUAACUGAUAAUCUGGAGAACAAUAGACAAAGAAUCGUGGUCACUGUUAAACCAACAUUGGCCGAUGAAAAAAGCGAUGAUGCCCUUGCAUUCAAUGAUAUUGGUAAUUCCAUAAUUUAUAUGUUGACAAAAACUUUGAAACCUCCUGUUGAUAUUUUAACAAACGCCAUGCGUAAUAGACAACUUAGUAACUUUGUUUCAGCUAUUUAUGCAAGUGAUAUGUUAUCAACUGUUCAAUCAAGCAAAGGUGUCACGGUGUUUGCUCCAACUAAUCUCGCUUUUAGCAAUCUUGAUCUUCUCAUUCCCUACUUUUUGAGUCCUUAUGGUAAAGAUGAUUUGCGUGAAGUUGUCAUGUAUCAUAUGUUGAAAAAUAUUGUUUAUACUGAAGAUAUUCCCCAAGGAGAAUCACAAUAUAUUGCGAUUGAUGGUUCUCCGUUGAACAUUACACGUGAUGAAGAUCAUAUCAAAGUUAAGAUCGAAAAUGGUACUGCAGAAGUUAUUCAGAGUGAUGUUCUUACUUCAACAGGUGUCAUGCAUGUAGUCGACGCCGUACAAUUGCCACCAACAUUGCACAUCACAGUGGGUAAAAUUCUUAACGGGAUUGGUGCUACUAGCAUGUUGGAAGUUUUCAGGAUUUCAAAUCUAUCAGCAAUUCUUGAUGAUCCAGUAGAACCAUUCACUAUUUUUUCACCUACUAAUGAUGCGUUUAGGAAAAUUAAUAUUACGAAAUUAAUGAACGAUCCAGAUAAAGUGUCCCGCUUGAUCAGAUUACAUGUUAUACCGCAUAGUGUUGGCAAUCUAAGGGAAGGUAAAGAACUUAAUACUAUGUUGUCUGAUGAUGCGAAACUAGUCGUAAGGAAAGAUAUCUUAUUUGGUGGUUACAAAAUAGAGGUCAAAGGUGGUUUCUUUGAGGAUAGCGCUAGGAUACUUGGAAAGGGUAGAUCUUGGAAUGGUGGCGCGGUAUACGAAGUUGAUAAAGUAUUAAAGCCAGAACGUACUUUUCCGCAUAUUGGACGUGUGUUCUUUUACGUCGUUUUAGGAUUAAUGACAUUUAUAACUGUAGGCACAUUAGGUGGUUAUAUCUGGCACCAUUGGUCUCUUUACCAAAGACGUGCUGGAUAUAGACCAAUUGAUUAA